GGGCAUUAGCUGCGCUGAUGACAGCGGUCUCGCUGUAUACCGAACAGUGAUCCUUCAGACAACUGAAGAGUGUGGGUGUUGUUUUUGAUGAUUGUCUUUGUUUGACAGAGUUCACCAUUUUUUGAGAGGGCGUAGAACAGACAAUUCAGAGGAGAACAUAAUGGGGUCCAUUACCCAACAGAGUCUCUUAAUUGUGGUCGCCAUAUUGUGCAUCUCGACGACAAUGUCCAUGUACACAGUGGAAAGAUGCGUCAUCCCCGAUGAGAAGGAACUCUUGACCUUCCUUCUUGAGAACGGUGGGGUUGUCUUGGCUGCUCCUCCGACCGAUGAGGUCAUCGAUGCCACCCCGGACGACAACCACUGCCCCGUAGGCGAGACAAUCUCCAAUGACGCGCCGCUGGGCGAGAGAGCGUUGUGCCCGUGGAAGAUGGUUUCAACAUACGACGCAACGCGCUAUCCGUCGACUCUUCUCAAGGCCGUACCCAAAUGCGAAUCCUGCCUAAGUGCGGAUGGUCUAACGGUGCUGCCUAAUACGAGGUGCGAGGUGGUGUACUACCCGACUAAAGUUUUGCGCCAGAAGGGCUGCGAACAGGACGGUGUGAUGCAGUAUGGUGUUGAGCCUUUCCAAAUGGCUGUUGCAACUCAAUGCAUCUCAACGGGCUCCAGUCUAUAAGCUUGUUACAAGAGGCAACUCUUACAGGCAACUUGGAGGCAACCAACAGUUGUUGGCCCAAUCUCAUGGAGCUGCUUAAGCACAAAUUGUGCUUAAGUACAACAAUCCUUGCUUAUAUUAAUUUUGUUUUUUGCCCAUACACCGAUGAGUGUUAGCACUGUAUACUCAGUACUUUCCCGAGUCCU